AUGGAUCCUUCGAUCAAACAGCAUUACCUGGCUGACUCCCCGCCCACGGUAGUCCGCCUGGAAGUCAAAUCACACUUCGACAGCCUGACGGAUGUGAAGCUAAGGAAAUAUGCCCAUUACAUGAGCCGAGCGGCUUUUGAAGGCACUCGCAUUACCCUCCGUCAGGUUUCCCCCGAAUCUGAACCCAUCUACGACCUCAUCAUCUCGCUGCACCGGGCGUGUGAUGGAAACUGGCCUGAGCUUGCCCGUAAGACGGGUGUCAGUGACGAGAAUGUCCGGUUUUUCCUGGAGUAUGCCGGCCAGUUCCUCGGAAACUGUGGCAAUUACAAGGGAUUCGGUGACUCCAAAUUCAUUCCCCGGCUGCCUUUGGAGGCUCUCCAGGCUUUGUCGUCGGUCACGCCGGAAGCGAAGGCGGCCUUUGAGAAGGCGAACAGCGCCGGAGGUGGCAUCUACGAAACUCAGGAGCAGUCGCUCAUGCACCUUGGCUAUCCGGAAGGCAAGCACAUGACAACCUACUAUCCCGACUCGCCGUCUAUCACCAAGGAUGAAAUCACAGCCAUUGGUGACAUCAUGGAACAGAAGGGAUUACCCCUGGAGAAUACCAGACUACGGAAGACCCCAUCCGGCGAUUUCGAGCUCCUGGUUGCCGCGGGAGUCACUUCGCCCCCGCCUCGAGAUCGGGACCUUGGCGAUGCCGACUCUUUCGACCUGAGCGGAGCGUUGAAAGGGAAGAAACUUCGUCUUGUCUUUGGAGACCACUUGGAACAGAUGGCGAAGAUCGCCCACUGCAUCAAGCUCGCGGAAAUCAAUGCGGCAAAUGACAAUCAGAAGCGGAUGUUGGACGCAUAUGCGCGCUCUUUCGGCGCGGGGUCGAUCGAAGCGUUCAAAGAGAGCCAGCGGAUCUGGGUGAAGGACCAGAAGCCGGCUUUGGAAACUAACAUUGGAUUCGUCGAGACUUAUAGGGAUCCUCACGGCGUAAGAGGCGAGUGGGAAGGAUUUGUCGCUUUGGUCAACAUGGAACGCACGAGAGCUUUUGGAAAGCUUGUUGAUAGCGCAGAGACCAUGAUCCCCAAGCUUCCUUGGAGCGAGGACUUUGAAAAGGACAAGUUCCUCAGUCCAGACUUCACCUCCCUCGAGGUGCUAAGCUUCCAAUCGUCCGGGAUCCCCGCUGGUAUCAACCUGCCCAAUUACGAUGAUAUUCGCCAGAACCUAGGAUUCAAGAACGUGUCUCUCGGCAACGUUCUCGGGGCCAAGGCUCCCAACGAACCAGUUCCCUUUAUUGCCGAGAAGGAUUUGGAGGUGUAUCGCAAAUGCCGCGAUCCCGCAUUUGAGGUCCAGGUUGGUAUCCACGAGCUCCUGGGGCAUGGCACAGGUAAGCUGCUUCAGGAGACCGCCCCGGGCGCGUACAACUUUGAUGCUUCAAACCCGCCCGUGAGCCCCGUCACAAACAAACCGGUCUCUACUUGGUACAAGCCCGGCCAGACCUGGAGCUCCGUUUUCGGGGCCAUUGCUUCGUCCUACGAAGAGUGCCGUGCGGAAUGUGUGGCGAUGGCAUUGAGUUGUGAUUUCGAAAUUCUCAAGAUCUUUGGGUUUGGCGAUGGGACGGAGAACCUUACGAACGAGGCCGGCGACGUCCUUUUCGUGGCCUAUCUUCAAAUGGCACGCGCUGGGCUGGUUGCGCUGGAGUUCUGGGAUCCCAAAACGCAAAAAUGGGGACAAGCGCACAUGCAGGCUCGUUACAGCAUCCUGCGCACAUUCCUCGAGGCUGGCGGCGACUUCGUCCGGCUUUCCUACACUAAGGAUGAUCUUUCCGACCUCGAGAUUCAUCUGGACCGGUCCAAGAUCAUCAGUCAUGGAAGGCCCGCCGUGGAGAAAUAUCUGCAGAAGCUGCAUGUCUACAAGAGCACCGCCGACGUUCAAGCGGGCAAGAAGCUUUACGAUGAAAUCACCUCGGUCGACGAGUGGUGGGGCACGCAGGUUCGCAAUAUCGUUCUGAAGAACAAGAUCCCACGCAAGGUCUUCGUGCAGGGCAACACCAUCCUGAAUGGCGACGAGGUCACGCUGAAGGAAUAUGAGCCGACCAUUGAAGGCUUGAUUCAAAGCUUUGUCGAGCGAACCCGGAUUCUGGAUCCCUUCCGAUCAACUAGACGAUUCUCGCAGCUAAACACUCCGAGCCUCCAACAGGAGCAUUUGGCCAUACGCGCUCCCGGCGAAUUCGAGACAAACCCCGACACCUUGUCGUGGCAUCGAGGUUCCCCUGGCUCGCCUCCCACGGCGCGGCCGCAUCAUCAGACGGACUCCGCAGUGGAGGAAGACGACGACUUCUAUACCGCGCCGCCACCGCAUUCCCCCUCGUCGGAGGCUUCUUCCUCGGGCCCUCCUUCGUCACGCCCCCCGCCAUUCUCGUCCCUGAUCUUCACCUCUGCGAUCGAUCCCAAUCGCGCCAAGGAAACAGCUCCUCAGCCCCGGCUAGCUUCUCCGCCAUCCGUUGAGGAAGAGCCUUUAGAACCGGACCCGUCCUCCGCAUCCCUCGUCGCAGAGACCAAAGCUUCUUUUGGCCCCGACCCCAAGGGAGAAUCCCCAGGCAAAGCAGCAGAAGACGGAGAACCUCCUCCCCCAUACACUGAAGGUUCCAGUCCCAUCGAAUCGUUCACAUACGUGAUGGCUGCGGCAGGAGGCGCGUCGAGUAUCAUUACUCAGGUCCAGCAGGCGGGAGGGCCCCCGAUCAAUACUCUGGGAGAUAUCGGCGGAGAUGAGCAUAUCACUCUUGAUCUGCGAGGGACGCGGUUUACACUCUCCCGAGAUGAACUCUUGACGCUGCCAGAAUUCGUUCUCCUUUCCCUUUUCCCAAACGGUCUGCUCCCUGACGGGCACAUGGGCACUUUCCAUGAAGGCGACAUCUACCCCGUCGACUAUGACCCCGCCUCCCUCCAAUACAUGCUGGACUUUUUUCGCUCUGUCGCUCAAUCAAUUCCGUCGUCCUCCCCAUCCGCAUCGACCUCGCCAGACCUCGACAUGUCGGAUUCAAUGCAAGGAUCUGCCAGGGACAUGCUGCAGGACCGGGCCGGGAUCAUCGUCUUGCGCGAAGACCUCGAUUUCUAUGCCAUACCUCCCCGCCCCGACAUCGACCACGCCGAAAUGAUGGAGGUCAAACGCGCGGCAGCAAAGGCACUGUUGAAACAGGACGGAAUCUUUUCUGGCUUGAGGAAAAGCGACGAGGUUGGGUCGACUGAACAGCACCUGAUCGAAAUGCUCACGGCAGGGGGGUUUGAUCGUGAUGAUCGGUGGGGCCAUCGUGCUCCAGAGCCCAAUAAAGCGGUGAUUUGUAGUCUCGCGCUGGCGAAACUUCGUACCGACAUUCGCGGUGACCUGUCCAAUAAUAACGCCGUGGGUAUGGCGCAGAAGCUCUUGCUCUUCUGGAGAAAGCCAGCACGGAGAUGCUGGUGGGAAGGAAUCGAGUUGGAAAAUGUGGACGGCAUUGAGGGCAAGGUCAAGAUAUGGAUUCGGAGAGUAUGGACCUUGGAAAUGAGUGUUAUUGGCCUGCGAUAG